CCUCGUCACUGUCCUGCCCACGAAGCGCCGCUCUGAAAUGCGACUUGACCUGACCUGGCGUAAUCCACAAAGUCAUUUUUGCGUCGGUCGACAAGGUCUCGACCGAUCACUCCUCUCGAGGGCUCGUCCGCUUGCGCGACGGCAGCCACUGCGCGCAUUAGAAGAAGUGAAGGAUGCGGUGAGGAAGCAUUGUGGGAGGACUCUGUGGACGACACGCUGGUCGCAACGAGGUAGACAGGCGAACACAAACGCACGGAGAAGCUCACGCACGACUCCUGUUACGGAACCCCGACUUGUUUACCCUAUACCGGGCACAGAGGAGCUCCGUUGCGCAGUCUUUACGCACAACCAAAGAGCGGACUGGGGGUCGCCUGUCUGUCACCACCAUGUCAGCGGCAACAGCUUCAAUAGCAGAUGUGUCCAGGACUGAUUUUACAAACACAGAUGGCAGCCGUGACCGGAAUAAAUCAGGUCAGUCCCAGGCUCAGUGCACACCUAUGCCUCUGCCAGCACUCGGCACCCAGAGGAUCAUCCAGGGCAAUGGUACCAGUGUGGGCACAGUCAUUUCCCUGCAGUGCCCAGCCAAGCACAGGCUGGUUGGAAGUGAUCUGAUGUGCGUCAUGGACACCAACAGCACUCACUGGGUGGGGGAGACCUACUGUAAACCUCUGUCUCCCUAUGAGGACUAUGGAUUCCGUGUGGCUGUGCUGGCAUCUAUUGUAAGCUCAGGCAUAAUCCUCCUCAUGUCAAUGGCCUUCAUCACCUGCUGUCUGCUCGACUGCAUCAAAGAGGACAAGAGGGAAAAGGAGGAGAGGGAGUCAGAUGUGUGGCAGUGGGAGGAGCAGGUCCAACUUCGGGAGGACAACAGGUCUCGCUACAGCCAUAAAGGCAGGAACAACAACAACAACAACACCCAGGAGAAGGCGCUGUCACUGUGGGACGGCGGUAACCCGGCCAUGUGUGACAACAUGAGAGCCUGCAGGUGCCAUCAGCAGUACGCUUAUGGCCCUACGCCCACAUAUGGCCCCACUCCUCCUCCUCUUUCUUCCCUCCCCGGCCAUGACUACGACCAGCCUCUGCUACCCCGAAACCCAGAAUCCACACAGAUCUCCGCUCCGCCACCUCAAUACUUCGGACCUCGUCAAUCUUCCUGUCCAUCGACGAGCCCAAGCCUGGUCCAGAUCUCAGCAGAGGGGCUUGGUUCGGUGUGGCAGUAUGGAGGACAGCAGAGCAGUUUGUCAGGAGUGAACCCAUCAACCGCGGACGAGUCCAGCAUGAAGAAUAUCAACCCAGCCAAAGAAUUUUCCAUACGGAUUAUAUCAGUGUGAGGACACGUUACACGGGAGGUGGAUCCCAUCAGUCAAGAACUUGUUUACUAAGCAAAAAUGUAAAACUGUAUCAGUGAGGACCACAGGAAGUGACAGCUGAUAAUGUCUGCAGUUCUUCUGUAGGCAUGCUGAUCUGACAGACAUAUGUGCCUUUUGUGAACUGUGAUGGCACACUGCCCUCUGUCUGAAAAGGGAAGCCAUUGCACUUUCAGGGCACCAGCCCUGUUGGGUGACGCUCCCUCUGCUCAGAAGGUGGAGGGACUUUCAUGCCCUUAAUUGAGCUUUUCAGAAACCAGCUAAAUUGCUUUGCUGAGGGGUUUGCAUGGACAUAGUGGGACACACUGUCAGCAGCUGAGGAAGGUGUCUGAGAAGCUCAUCUCAGGACAGGAAAGUAAGGUUUGCUGGACGAGGAGAACAGCUGGAAAUGCACUGGCCGCUAUGUAAAUAUAAUUUUUAAAGAAUGUAAAUAAAUGAAAGACUUGCUGAUAACAAGUGAGACUGCAUUGCAAUGCAAAGAGUGCACACACGAUGAGGCAGCAGUACAGUGAUUUUAGCUGUAUGUGUAAUGAUGUAGCUCACACACAGAAAGUGAGAUGAAUGUAUUACUGAAAAGAACAUUUAUUAUAAAAUUAUUAUUAUGAUUAUUAUUAUUGCCUGGUCUAAUUGACCCACUGCAGUCAUUAGUAUGGAUGGAAGAAGGAAUUGAAAUAAAGAAAUAAAUGACA